AUGAAGACUGUGGCUCUGGCACCCUCUCUUGGCCCUCAAGAGGGUCUGCAGCAGCAGCACACAGAAUCACCACCACCGCCAAAGCGAAUAAAGAGCACUACAUCGCCCUUCCUUCGAGCACAACAGGAUCUACAGAAAGAGCUUCACUGCGACUACGUCCUUUUGUGGUACGAACGAGACCCUGAAUCCCCUCCUGGUCAGCGGCCGAACUUCUUGCGCGUCGGUGAGCCUAUACCAGUGUCUCUCUCGCAUCAGGUGUUCAUGCAGAUGGCGCUGGGUGUGCUGAAGGAUCGGCUGGUGAAGGGGCCCAUGCGGACGAAGUCAGGGAACGCGAGCAAGGCUGCAGAGAAAGAAGGUGUGAGCGACAAUGAUACAGCCCUCAAGGACACUGAAUGCCAGUCACCGAAUGCACCCGGCGUGCCACCCAAAAAGGUGAAGAAUGCCCCGAAUAGGCGGCAACAAGAUACAGUGGCCUUAUUUUGCUUUUUGUGGCAGUACGCGGUGGGCAUGCUGAAGUCGCAGGAGGAGGCAAUGCAGCUUGCUCUCGCGCGGAACAAGGCUGGACCGCCGCUGCGCCCAGUCGUUCGCAUGACAAAGCAGCAGCUGCGCCUGCAGAUGUUGUUGGAGUACGACAUUGACGUGCGGCAGGUCCUCGGCGACGGCCUCCCCCUGGAAAACGCCGUCACCGAUGAGUACUGCAGGGGUCUCCUGCCGGAGAAUGUCGGGGAGGAAGAGUUCUACAACCAACUCGCCAAGCCGUCAGGAAUGGCGCAGACGUGUUCGGUGAUGUGA